GGUACUGUAGGUAGUAGCAAAAUCCCGCGAAAAGUCCUCUCCUCCUACGUUAAUUCCAAAAGAAAAAAAAAGAGAAAAAAAAGAGGCAUCGCCGCAAAGAUCUUCGCUCCUCAGCAAAUCAUGCCCUCCCCUCCAACAUGCAAAUCCCACCUGCCUCUCCCUUCAACACCCCUAAUACCAAAAAAAAGUGAGUGUGAACCCAACCCAGAAAAAAAGAAAUCCACCAAUCAACUAUCAUUGACCCCAACCCGAUUUGAACGGAUAACCUUUCGAUCUGGAGUCGAACGCGCUACCGUUGCGCCAUGAGGCCCCUAGCCUUUCAGUUACAGUGCGAAUGUCUCGC